UGGCAGCUUCCUUCCAACGCUUAUCGAUCUGGUACCUGUUGCGUAGCAGCUAGCUAGCAGGACCUGAAGCAGAAGCAGCAGCAGCAGCAGUUCCAAGUGCCUUCAGAAACGCACUGGUAAGUGUCGCUGCUAGCAACACCGAAACUUAGCGUGCCCGCUCCCCCAAAAGUUAGUCGAAAGAUAUGCCGAUCGAGGUCGAUAGCGUGCCGGCCGCCGACCUCACCGGCCAGGGCCGCACGGUGUGUGUCACCGGCGCCGGCGGGUUCAUCGCGUCGUGGCUCGUCAAGCGCCUCCUCCAGAAGGGGUACACCGUGCGCGGCACCGUCCGCAACCCUGUUGAUCCGAAGAACGACCACCUGAGAGCCUUCGACGGCGCCGCCGACCGCCUCGUCCUCCACCGGGCCGACCUGAUGGAGCCCGAGACCCUCGUCGCGGCGUUCACCGGCUGCGAGGGAAUCUUCCACGCCGCCUCCCCCCUCACCGACGACCCUGAGAAGAUGCUGGAGCCGGCAAUCCGUGGGACCAACUACGUGCUGACGGCGGCGGCCGACCUGGGCAUCAAGCGCGUCGUCUUCACCUCCACCAUCGGCACGGUGUACAUGAACCCCAACAGGGACCCCGAGAAGCCCGUUGACGACAACUGCUGGAGCGACAUCGAAUACUGCAAGGAGACAGCGAAUUGGUACUGCUACGCGAAGACGAUUGCGGAGCAGCAAGCAUUCGAGUUGGCACGGCAACGGGGCGUCGACCUUAUCGUGAUAAACCCGGUGGUGGUGCUUGGUCCGCUGCUGCAGACGACGGUGAACGCGAGCGCGGCGCACGUGCUGAAGUACCUGACGGGGUCGGCCAAGACAUACGUGAACGCGGCGCAGGCCUAUGUGGAUGUCAGGGACGUCGCCGAGGCGCACGUCCGCGUCUACGAGGCACCCUCCGCGUGUGGCCGCUACAUCUGCGCCGAGGGCACCACCCUCCACCGCGGCGAGCUCUGUCGCGUCCUCGGCAAGCUCUUCCCAGAGUACCCCGUCCCAAGCAAGUGUAAGGACGAGGUGAACCCACCGGCCAAAGGGUACAAGUUCACCAACCAGAGGCUCAAGGAUCUGGGGAUGGAGUUUGUGCCGGUGCUGCAGAGCAUAUACGAGAUCGUCAAGAGCAUGCAGGAGAAAGGGAUGUUGCCGGUGCUACCCACUCAAGACGACCACGUUCUCCCAGGGCCGGGCCUAGGAAUUCAGGGGCCCGGUGCGAAACAAAAAUACCGGGCCUUUUUUUUAUCAAAACAAGCUAUAACAAAAUGCGCAAAAUAAUGUGCGAGUGUGGUUCCAUAUGCUACACUGGUGACGGUGGUAUGUGACAUAAUUAAAGGACGCCGACAGCAAGUGCCCUAACAAAAUUUUGUAAAACAAUUGGAUAGUGGAUAGGUGAUUAUCGGUGGAUUUUCUUUUUCUCACAGAAAGUUGCCA